AUGGAAAGUGGUGAAGAUACUGAAGAAGAUGAAAAUAGUAAUGGCAGUGUUUCCAGCAGCACCCAUUCAGAUACACGCGAUGAUGCCCAUGUUACGACAGUCAAAGCUAGAAAAAGACAGAAACGUCCAUCUGAAUGGAAGAUUAACCAACGGAAACGCCUUAGAACUCAAGUUAAUGUAAAAGGUUUUAACAGAUACAAGAAAGGCAAAUGGGAAUAUCCUUAUUUAGAAUCAGCACGAAGACCUGUGCCACUUAUCGAAGAUAUUCCCGUACCAGUUUGUACCACAUUGCCAGAUGGUUCGAUUUUAAAAGUAGAAGAAAUUGAGGACCAGUACAGUAACAGCAGUGAAAGUGAAUAUGAGGGAAUACAAUCAACACCCCAGCAGUUCUCCCAAGAAGAACUGAAUGACCUGAUACGGGACCUCGGUCUGUCAAAACAAGCAUCUGAACUUCUAGCAUCCAGGAGGCAUACAAUACCAGCCAUACAAAUUAACGAAGUGCCUGGCAGUAUCAUGUGUAUGAUCGCGGAAUCGCUCAAUAUAAUGUGCAUUGUUCUUAUUAGUUCUACAUCUAAUUUGGUUAUUUCUGCAGAAACUUCUGGAUUAGAAAAAAAACCGCCUGGCAGUGUUGCCGUCAUUAGAGUUUCCAAACCCGGGCUUAGGGAAGUCCAUGAUUAG